AAGAAAGAGGUUGGUUGUCUACAUUUACUACAAACAAAAUAAAAUUCCAGAGAAUGAGUUUUUAAUAACAUAGUUCAAUUUUCAAAACCCCAAGUCAUUCAAGCAAUAGCUUUUCAGUUACCACUCCGAAGUCUAAAUUGAUCUUAAGAUAUUUUCAGGGAUAUCUGUUAGGGAACCCAAUAACAACAAGAAAAGAAAAAAAUGACCAAAUCCCAUUUGCUCAUGGAAUGGGACUUAUUUCUGAUGAACUCUAUGAGUCACUGAAGAGAAAUUGUAAAGGAGAAUACAUAUAUGUAGAUUUUAGAAAUGAAUUGUGUUUAAGAGAUCUCAACUACUAUGACGAGUGCCUUUCAGGAAUCAAUACAUUCAACAUUUUGGAUCGCUAUUGCAAAGCUGAUUCUACUAAGAAACAUGAAGGUCCAUGGAUUAGAUCUCUGACUCAAAAGUUUGAGUCCUCUCUUAAUUCUGGUCUCACAGAGUUAGACACAAGAUGCCAAAUAUAUGGUUUUUUCCUUGCCACUCAAUGGGCCAACGAUGAGAGUGUUCGCAAAUCGCUGCACAUUCGAGAGGGAACAAAGGGUAAAUGGGAACGUUGUUGGACUAGUGAUUUUGAGCAUGAGAUCUCUAGUAGCUUCGCCUUUCAUAUAAAUCUCAGUGCGAAAGGAUAUCGUUCUUUAAUAUAUAGUGGGGAUCAUGAUGCAGUUGUUCCUUUCAUGUCGACUCAAGCAUGGAUCAGAGCUCUGAACUACUCCAUUGUAGAAGAUUGGAGGCCAUGGCUUCUAGAAAACCAAGUUGCAGGAUACACAAGAAGAUACUCUAAUCAAAUGACAUUUGCAACUGUGAAGGGUUCAGGACACACAGCUCCUGAGUACAAGCCCGAUGAAGGUUACGCCAUGUUCAGCAGGUGGAUAGCUAGUAAGCCUUUGUAACUCAACCACAAUAGAUGUGUUCAAAUGUAAUAUAAUUAUCACAAAUAAAAUCAACUUUACUUUAUU